UUAGCCGUUCGAAUUUUAUUUUUUCGAUUAUGUGGGUUCAAAAUGGGCUUAAUCGAUACAGAAUUUUUUGGUGGUCACGAAUUUACUAAUUCAAAAAUUCGAUGGUGCGUAGAUUCCUCAAAAAAAAAAAUUCGUAGUAAUACCAGAGAUGAGUAAUACGUGCUGCGGAGCAGUAUAGGUUGGUUCGAAAAUAAGCCGAAAGCGGAGAGUGCAUCUUUGCUUCUGUGUGCCACGUAUUCCUAUAGUACACAAUUUAAUUGUUCCAUAUAUAUUUUAAGACUCUAGCUAAGAAGUAUGGGUUUAAAACUGUAUUAUGACUUGAUGUCACAACCUUCCAGGGUCCUCUAUAUAUUCCUCAAACAAUGUAAAAUCCCUUUCGAGGAACAUAAAGUAGUUUUAAAAAAGGGUGAACACUUUAUGCCAAAAUAUGAAGAGAUCAAUCCAUUUCAAAAGGUUCCAGCUCUUGAGCAUAAUGGAUUUAAACUGAUAGAAAGCGUGGCAAUUCUGCGAUAUCUUUGUCGGGAAUUCAAGGUAGAUGAUCACUGGUAUCCCAUAUCAUCCAAAAAUCAAGCAAGGGUUGAUGAGUACCUUGAAUGGCAGCAUAAUAAUACUAGAUUGCAUUGCGCAACAUAUUUCUUAGUAAAGUUUUUGAUACCAAUGAUCAAAGGGAAGCCUGCAAGACCAGAAAAUGUUACAAAGUGUGAGGGACAUAUGAUUGAAUGUCUAGAUCAACUUGAAAAUAUUUGGUUGAAAAACAAACUAUUCCUCACAGGUGACAAGAUAAGUAUUGCUGAUAUUGUAGGUGCCUGUGAGGUUGAACAACCAAGAAUGGCAGGCUUUGAUCCUCGUGAAGGUAGACCACAGCUCACUGCGUGGCUUGAAAGAGUAGCUGAAGAGACAAAUCCUCAUUAUGAUGAAGCGCAUAAAUAUGUUAAUCAGAUUGCAAACAACUACUUGGGAAUACCACCACACAGCUUGAGUCUGCUUCAAUGUGAUCGGAAGAGUUUACAGACAUAACAUUUUCCUGCACAA